GCGCAAUGCAUUGUGGGUAGGUCAGUAACAGAGAGUGGAGGACGCCAUGUGCUAUUGAGGGAGAAGGACCAGGAUUGACAGGUUACACUGUGACUGUGAAUUGUAAAUAUCUAUAGGAGAUCCGGGGGCACAAAUAAUAAAAAUGUACUGCACAAGACAUUGCAUUCGGACCGCACUGCGAAUCGCCGCAAAGACACAUCGGCAGGAGCUCCAGACACCAACGCUAUGCCUCCGAACACUCGGGACCAGCCCAGCCAGCCUUUCUGAUGUCAUCGCCACCCCUCUGGACGGAGCCCCCAAAGCGUACCCCUCCAAAAUCACCCAGCUGGUACACGACAUCACCAGCCUCACCUUGUUAGAGUCAGACCUCAAUGAGCUCCUCAAGAAAACCCUGAAUAUCCAGGAUGUUGGGAUGAUGCCAAUGGGAGCCAUGACUGCAGCAGCAGCACCUGCAGCUCUGGCAGUGGAAGAGGAUGUACCAGUGAAGAAAGAGAAGACACACUUCACAGUGAAACUGACAGAACUGAAGGCAGCAGAGAAAGUGAAACUCAUAAAAGAAGUGAAGAACUGCAUCCAAGGCUUGAACCUGGUGCAGGCUAAGAAGUUGGUUGAGUCCCUCCCCCAGGAGAUCAGAGCCAAUGUGUCCAAAGAGGAGGCGGAGAAGCUGAAGACGGCCCUGGAGACAGCAGGAGGCACUGUGGUGUUGGAGUAAACCGUCCCUCCUCUCUCCRUCCCUGRCUCCACCCGACUGACCCCSAUCCACCGUCUGGCUGCGGUUACUCCCGUCUUCUGACMYUCUGUUUUAUACAGCAGUWAAAGAACAAAGGAACCAAUACCUUGGGAAAGGAAACUAAAAUAUUGCCUUUUGACAACGUCGCUGUACCAGCUACCAACUGGACGGUGUGAGGCGGGGCGGGAGAAACUAACUCAGACUGAACUCCUCAGGCUCAGAGCCUGAACACACCCGCUCGCCGCCCGGCCGCUCGUCAAUUUACUCCCCCAUUUGUCUUAUUUGUUCUGGCUGGCUCUGUUCCGAUUCUCCAUCCUUCUCCCGAAGUGUGCACUUCUCUUGCGUUCUUUCUCGCAUUGAUUCAACAAUGGUGGAAACUCAAACUCCCUCAAGCCAGUGUUUACAUCAGCCCCAUGUUUAAAAGUCCAUGACUGGGAAUAUGAGGGCACAGUACAGGAGAAGGGUGGUUAAUGGGUACUUUUGCCCAUCUAUCAGUCUGGUACUUUUGCCCAUCUAUCAGUCUGGUACUUUUGCCCAUUGGUCUGCAGUCAAGGUGGCCCUGGGCCUCCUGUCUGUCUGUCUGUCUGUCUGGGGGGGGAGUUGCCCUGGGCCUCCUGUCUGUCUGUCUGUCUGGGGGUGAGUUGCUCUGAAAGCCUCGUAGCUAACGUGGCAUGUUAUUUCUCUUGACAAACCUCCACAGUGACCAUUGAAAUAUCUACAUUUGACUGUCUGUAUUCUCCAGAGGAGGCUGGUGGGAGGAGCUAUAGGAGGACAGGCUCAUUGUAAUGGCUGGAAUGGAAUUAUGGAAUGGAG